UGAUAGCUCGUGGAGUAAAUUUUAAGUUUUAAUUGUUUCAUUCUGUUAAACAAACUAUUAAAAUACAUGUGACAAGUGUAUUUUUGUGUUAACUUUAUAGUUAUGAUAUAAUAAAAUCGAAAAAUGGAAGAGAAUAAUAAAAAAAGGUCUAGGAAAACAAAACUGGUGCCGCGGGAAUAUUUAGACUCUGACGAUGAAAAUAUCGCUCAAAUGCAGAAUGAAAUUGAAGAGACAAUAUCCAAAAUCAAUGUACAAUCAAUAUUAAGAAAAUUAGAACCAAAAUAUUUUUCUUCUAAGUCGUUGGAAUUCUCUGUGAAAGUUGAAGUAGAAGAAUGCAAUGAAAAUAUAGAAGUCGACAGCGAGAGCCAUAAUCAAAUAUCAAAUGACUUAAAUAUAAAAAUUAAUUCCAUUAGAAGCUUAAACGAUACUCAAAGUACGACCAAGGAAAUUAUACAAUACUACCAAAUAGAUGAAGACAAUUUAAGAGAAGUAUUUUAUUUACAAAGCAAGAAAACGAUAAGUUGUGUCGACAAAAUGAUAGAAAUAUAUAUAAGGAACAAUUUUGGUAGACAACAAGCAUAUAUAGCAGAAAGUAAUAUAGAUAAAAUGUUGCAAAUGAAACUGAAGAAAUGGAAGUUAUGGUAUGAAGCAGCCCCAGAGUUAAGGGAUUCCCCUAUAAUGUAUAUUUGUUACGUCUGUAAUAAGGGCUGGUGGCACUUCUCAGAGUUCAGGGAACAUUUAAAAGAACAUGAUACCUUGACCUACGGUACCGAAACUCCCCAUCAAGAAGAGUUCCGGAUAACAGCAUAUAAGAAAGCCAUUGAAUCUAAGAAUAUACAGUUUGAAUCAGAUUGUUGGAAAUGUGGGAGAGAUGUAUCGGUGCAUCAACGAGCUGAGUAUAGAUGUCGUGGGUGUAAGUUGGAACUGCCUUCUUGUACGAUGUUGUGUACACAUGAAAAUGAUUGUAAGAAAUUCAAGAUGUUGCUAAAUUGUACCGGUAUUGAUAUUUCGAAUACAUACUAUUGUCCGCUAUGCCCUUACAAGCAUUGGGUUCAAGGUGAAAUCCAGAAGCACCUACUUUUAGGGCACAGCGUCAGAUCAGACUUACCAAUACACUGGACUUCAAAACCCUGUCCGAGGUGCGAUGUGAGCUACAAUGAUCACAGAGUCCACGAAUGCCCACACCGACCAAUGAUGUAUAGCUGUGAGUUUUGUAAAAUGACUUUUCAAGUUAAACCAGCUCUCCAGUACCAUUUAUAUAAUUCAAAGCAUGAAGUAUCAUGUAGAAUUUGUAACAUGAAAGUGCUCCGUGAAUGCAUGUUGGCAGAACACCUCCUAGUACAUACCUCUAAUUAUACUAUGAUGUUUAAAUGUAUUCUGUGCGUGGAAUCGUUAUAUUUUAAGGACUAUGUCUCGAUAAAGGCACAUAAAAAAAGUGUUCAUGCCGAUGUCCAAGAAAAGCAACCAGUCUACGAGAAGGUUAUCAUGCCUACAAAAAUAUUAGACGAGUCAAAACUGAUGAGUAACCUCCCCGAAGUCCCGGACACAGGUAAUUGGCAGCCAGCUCCAAGCUUUGAUAACGCUUGCCAAGGUCUUAUAUGCUCUUUAGACAAGAAAAAGCCAAAAAGACGAAGAAAUUUAGUCGGCAAUAAGAAAAUAAGUGAGAAUACGAAGGAAAAAGAUUAUUUCCAAGAUGAAUUAGGUAUAAAGGUGACAGUAAUCAACAAACUGACCGUACAAAAAUUAACCAACGAUACAGAUGCAGACGAAAAUAAUGUUAACACGAAUGAAAUUAACAAAUUGAACAUAAAAAGAAAAACUAUCGACAACACAGAGCAAACCAUAGACAAUAAUGUAGAAGAGAAAAAGAAACCAAUACAAAGAACUUACACGAACACGAACAAAAAUAGAAUAAACAAACAAGUUAUUGCUGAUGAAAGUGAAAACUCAGAAACUAUACAUACUGCUGUUGAUAUAAAACAGGAAAUUCUAGAGGAUAUUGAGCAUAUUGAUGGAAGUGAAGUUAUAAAUGAUAUCAAACAAGAAAUAAUCGGCGAUGAUUCGGUUACUGUUGAAUUAAAGACCGAAGUGAAGAUGGAGGCUGAUGAUGAAAUGAACUAUGUAGAUGAAGUGUGUGAUGAGCCUGACUUAUAUGAAGCGGCUGUAUCGGAUGUAAUGAAAGGAAAAAGAGCGAAACAAAAAAAGAAGAAAAAACCCCUGGCGGGCGACACAGAUCAACAAAAUACGAAAAACGUAACAGAUAGAUAUACAUGCACGAAAUGCAACUCCACGUCUCAGACUCUGAGGAAGUACCUGCUGCACUUCAAGAACCACAACUACAAGGAGCUGUCCUGCCCGAAGUGCUUCAAGCAGUUCCCCCUGGCCCAAUCUCUGUUGAGUCACGUGAAUGCUCACAUAAAGAGCGACUUCGUGAUGAUACACUCGAUACGGAAUUGGAGCACGGAACCGGACUGCAACUACCAGUGUAGAAAGUGCAAAAUGACCCUCAGCGUCAGCGACUUCUUCGAGCACUGGGAGCGCCACCUGGAGAUCCAGGAUAUCAGCAGCGAGGAAAGUGAUUACAAUGUCAACAUGGACGGGAAGCCAAUGUUGAAGAAUAUGUUGGAGAUCAUCCAGGGGCCCGACACGCCCCUGUCGCACGAAGACAUGACCCUGCGGAUGUGCCUCGUGUGCAACAAGCGCUUCGAGCGCCGCAACGACUGCAAGCGGCACUACAUCGAGCACCUGCUGACCGACGCGUACUCCGAGCGCGACCAGCGCGGCUGCCUCGAGUGCCAGCUGUGCGGGCGGGGCUUCCUCAAGGGGGACGCAUACAAACGCCACAUGCGCGACCACGCCCGCCUCCCUAUAUACAAGUGCGAGAUAUGCGACAAAACGUUCAGCGACUCGAGCAACUUCUGUAAACACAAGAAAGUGCACAAUAUGUCGGUGCUUGUCUGCGAUAUUUGCAAAAAGAAAUUCAGUAAAAAGGCAUACCUCAUUAAACAUUUAAAGAUGCAUCAAGUCGUUAAGCCGAUCAUGUGCAAGACCUGUGACAAGCUGUUCUACAGCCAGUCGAGUUACUCCAAACACUUGAAGAGGAAUAAGUCCCGAUUCAAGUGUCCCGUGUGUGCUUCAUACUACAUGUCGUUGAAAGAGAAAUGGGAUCAUAUGUGGGAGGUACAUAACGAAAGAAAAUACGAAGCGGACUGUCCACUUUGUAACAAGUCGUUCAGAAAGUUUUUGGACGUGAAGCAUCAUCUCCGGGAAGACCACGACGAAAAACAAUACCUGCAUUACAAAUCACAAAUAAACACCGCGUCUAAAGCGAGGCGGAUCAAAGAAAUAAUAAUACUUUAAAUAUAAAAUGCCCACCGAAUAAUAGCAAAGUGAAGUAAAGUGAAGUGAAUUUUGUGCUUAAUUUGUGUAUGUUAACGUGAUUUGUCGUAUGUACUUACCAAGAUAACUAACGAUAAACAAACUAUAUAUCUAUAUAUAUGUUAAUAUUUCCGUUCUAUUACGCACAACAAAAAGUUCAGUUAUAUUUAUAUAUAUAUAUAAUUACGCUUAACUACUUCUAUAUACUUGAUUCUAACUUUUUCAUUUUUCUUCUAAUAUAUAUUUAUAUAUAUAUUUCUUCUUCUUACAUAUAUAAUACAAAACUAUUACACUUAACUAUAUAUAUAUACUUGAUUCUAUCUUCAAAACGUCAUUCACGAAUCCACUAUGAAUGCCACAGAUUAUUAAAAUCUCGACCAAUGAUAUUGGCUUAUAUAAUAUAUAUACAAAUAAGUUGUACGCUCCAAAAUUUAUAUUUAUAUAUAUAUAUUUUAUAAGCUAGAUAGGAAUUAUUUUGUUUAAUAAAAUAUUCAACAUUGACAAAUAAAAAUAUACGAAUCAUGAUCGCGUGGUAAUGAUGGCAAGAAUGGAGACGUUCUCUGGGUCACUGGUCUACUGGUUGAUAAAAUAACUUGAUUUGUCAGUGCAGGGAAGAUGGGGUGUUGUGUUUUUGUAAAGUUUGCAGCUGUCUUAAAUAUAUCGUUUGGAUUUUGACGUUUAUUAUUUUUUCACUUUGCAUGUAUUAACUCGAUAAUUUGUUAAUACAUAUAAAAUCAUAGUUUUAACGUAAUCUAGUUUUAGUUUUUAAGCAUUUUAAUUGUUCUUUGUAUGAAUCCCAAUACUGAUCCUAUGAAGU